AUGCUCUCUCUCGAACAGGCGAUCAUUUUAGGUGCCGACGGGAUUGAAUCCGACGUUCGCAUAACUAAGGAUGGUCAUAUAAUCAUGAUGCACGAUACGUCUUUGGAUAGAACGACGAAUGGAACGGGUCUCGUGGAAGAGAGAAAUUGGAAAGGAUACGUCGAAUACUUGAAAUCCGGAGAUUCCGAAGACAUACCAGAAUUUCAGCAAGUUCUGGAUCUGCUAAAACGCGAAAGCGUUUAUCUAAUUUUGGAUAUCAAGGAAGAUAACAAUAUCUAUAUACUUGACGCAAUUUCCGACGUGAUUCGCUCGAAUGCGCCUUACGACUUUUCCUCUCAAAUCUAUCUUGGAAUAUGGACACAGGAAUUCCUCGUCCGAGCUCGCCAAGUGUUACCCGAUUUUCCCAUCUCUCAUAUCGGAAGUAGCAUUGAAAUCGCUCGCCAGUAUUUCUCUAACGUGGAGAGUUAUAAUAUGGAGUUCACUUACGUUCUUGAGGAUGUCACCGGAUUCGCAGAAGAAUUAAAACUCCAAGGUAAAAAGUUGUUUGUUUGGACGGUAGACGAGGAAAGUGACAUGAGAAAGGUGAUGUUGUACGGGGUGGACGCCGUGUUGUCCGAUGACCCGGUGAAAUGUGCGAACGUUCGUAGGGAGGUUUAUUCGGAUAGAAUCGGGGUUUCCCUGAUAAAAAAUGUGCCCUUCUCAACGACCACAUUAAGGUUACGAAGUGAAAAGGCCUCGAGAAGUUCACAUCGUCGACGCGAUUAUCCACCACCCAAUCCGCAUCAGGCGUCACCCUUUGAAGUGGCAAAGAAUGCAAAAAAUGAUUUCUUGGAUCGUCUCAAGCAUCAAGGUGACUCGAAAAAAGUCAACUUCCUCGAGAAAAUCUUUAAUUUAUCACCAAGUCUCAGGCCAUGGAGCGAGGAGACGCUUGAAAACAUAUUGCUGGAAUUCGAGAGAUCCAGAGAAGUUAGAAAACAGGGCACGGAAAUGGGCAUCCAAAUAAUGAAGUUUCGUUCGGCAAUCAGAAAAUUCGUCGAAAAAGUCUGGCACGAUGGCAUAGAACGAUGCAACAGAGAAGCAUUGAGAUCGACCUACGUAGAGGGUGGGAAUUUAAAAUCUCAUUCAUCUCUUUCACCGCCGCACAACAAUCAGAAAGAGGCCGUUGAGAAAUUGCUCAAGGCAGCAUUCAUGGAGUUCUCUCAAGAUUUCAUGUCCGAUGAAGAUAAGGAGAGAUUCAAUUCUUUAAAGCAAUUGAGUGACCUGAGCUUCCCGGCGGAAUGGCAUCCAGUCGCGAGAACAAUACAACGGUAUAAGAUCAUCUUCCACAUUAAUGCAAAUGAGUACACGACAGAAUUAGCAACCUAUAAUGCACUCAAAUGUUUGGAAGGCGCCAAAUCGGGUUUAUAUUGUGGACCUCUACGUUUACUAGCCCAUGAGGUUUUUGACCGGUUUAACAAUAAGGGGAUUCCUUGCAACCUUGUGACUGGAGAGGAGAGAAGGGAGUUGGAGGGUGCAUACGUACCUUUAACCUCUUCCACCAUUGAGAUGGCCAAUCUACAAAAGCAGAUAGAUGUGGCGGUUAUUGAUGAGAUCCAGAUGAUCGGCGAUACACAAAGGGGAUGGGCUUGGACACAAGCACUCUUGGGUUUGCAAGCGAAAGAAAUCCAUUUGUGCGGUGAACCUUCAGCCGUACCGCUUAUUCGAUCGAUUUGCAGAAGCAUUGAUGAAGACAUUGAAGUUCGAGAGUAUAAGCGCCUUUCGGAACUCUCGAUAUCCCAAAAUUCGCUGGAUGGAGAUCUUCGAAAAAUUCAAAAAGGCGAUUGCGUGGUCACAUUCUCCAGGAAAUCUAUUUUCGCCCUGAAGCAUGAGAUCGAAGAAGCUACCGGCCUUCGGUGUGCCGUUGCCUAUGGCAGUUUACCACCAGAGACAAGAUCACAGCAGGCCAAAUUAUUUAAUGAUCCUGGCAGCGGUUUUGAUGUGCUGAUCGCCAGCGACGCAGUCGGAAUGGGAUUGAACUUAAACAUUAAACGAGUGGUGUUUGAAACUGUCAAAAAAUUUGACGGUACGGGUAUAAGAUACGUGCCUAUCCCUCAAAUUAAACAAAUUGCUGGUCGAGCUGGUCGGUUCGGUACGACGAAUGUUACCGGAGAAGUGACUGCACUGGAGCCCAUGGAUUUGAGGUACAUCCACCAGGCAAUGGCCUCGCCAACGAAAAAUAUAGAGAUGGCCGGACUGCAACCAACCAUGGAGAUGGUCGAACUAUUCGCACAUCAACUGCCAAGUACAAAGGAGUUUUCGUCACUUUUAAACUUCUUUGAACAACUUGAUCUACACGCCCAGGAAAAGUUUGAAGAUUUGGCUCGCGUCGAUGGUCAAUACUUUUUGUGUAACUUUCAUACCCAAAAGCUUAUUGCCAAUUCAAUAGAACAUAUACCAAUGACCAUUCCCGAGCGAUUCAGUUUUGUCACUGGGCCCGUGAACACAUCUGAUGUGCGUCUAAUGAAGAACAUUCAAAAGACACUUAAGAUACCCCGAAAACGCCAUCGAACAACCACCAAGGAUAUUCGAGUGUUGGGUAGAUUAGAGCAAAAAAACAGAGUUCGGGACAAUAAAUCGACCAAUCGGAUCGUUCCAAUAGAUUAUGAGAAAACCGCCUCGCUUUCGAACAGUCAUGCAAAUACGAAUAAAGCAACGAAACGACUGGACAAGCUUACGAUAUGA